GGGAGCGAUGAUAUUUGCAAUUUAGAAUAGGUAUCAUAUUAGUCGUGUUUGUUUUGGGGAUCGAAUUUACAAAAUGAUAUAAUUACUGCAUCCAUAUGUUUAAAAUAAUAAUUUAUGUUCAAUAUAAAGUGGUAAUUAAUUUCUUCUAACAUCUUGGUGAACGAUUUGUACGAAAUUUGCAUUAAAAAUUUUUGGUUUAUCUUUAACUUAGCUUUGAUUGAAAAAUUGGCGGGAACUUCAUAUAUUGAAAUCUGUGAUUGAAAUUACCGUUUUACUUAUUACUAAUCAGUGUUACUGAUUUCAUUAUAACCAGAAUUGUUUGUUUGCUAUAAAUUUGAAAGUAUUAAUGUGCUUAAUAAACAAUAUGUCUGAAUUAAGAAAUAAUGCGUAUUGUAAUAUACCCUUCACUACAGAAAUGUGUAAAGACGAUUUUUACACAUACGCAAGUAUAGAAGAUUUAGUAUCUAUCUGUGCAAUGGACAAAGAAAGAAUUACAAAGAUUCGUUCUAUUGGAAUCUUGGAAAGCGUUAAUGGUCGAUUUUUUAUAAAAGAUAUCCAUAAUGUAAAUAAAAAUGACGCAGCUAAUAUUUUAGUCUCAAUGUCUUAUAUUAGAUCUUCAUUACCUUCUUCUGUCAUCCCGUAUACUGUGCAGAUAUUUGGUACAAUGCAGUGGAAAAACAGACCAGUAAUAUUUGCGAAAAUUUUGCAGGUCUUAAAUACAACAUCUGCUAUACAACUUAGCAAUGUAAUGCAAAGUAUAUGCAGCAGACAUUUAGCAACACAAUAAUUAGGAAAGAACAAAAAUAAUUGGAGGUAGGAGACAGCAGGAUAUGUUUUGCUCUAGGAGCAGUCAGACGAUGGAUAUAUCUCUACUUUACAGAAGAAUAACACUGCUCUCAAGUAAUUUUGUGUUCCUGUGGUGUGUAAGGAAGCCAGAGUUCUCAGGGAGGGUCCGGGAUGAGCAACUCUCUUGGUAUCACAGCAUUCAUUGGCUGCGGUAUCCAAUCACGGAGCAUAUGCUGUUUUGCCACUUUUGUAGUGUAUAAAUUAUUUCUGAAUUGGGAAAAUAAAAAAGGAAACAUUGGAAAGAA